AUGAUGUGCAGCGGCAACGAUGCGCUGUCCUACAUCAACUCCUUCCCUAAUGGACCAUACAACCCCUCCCUAGCCUCUUCGGCAUCAUCGUCCUCGGCUUCGGUCUGGUCGGAUGCCUCCUCCCAACACUCUGACGAUACCUCCAUCUCCGCCUUGACCUCAGAUUCCUCGGAAAGAUGCUUUAGCUCGCUACGCUCCGAGCUUUCUUGCGAUCGGGUACAAGAAGCAAACGCAUGGCCAAGGCAAACGUCGCAGGCCUCACAUGAGGUUCCUCCCGCGAUGCGCCAGAACCCCAGGCGUACCUCCUCUAGUACUAUUUCCAGGUCCGGAUGCCCACCUGCAUUGACGCGCCAAAGCGAUCGCAAGGUCAACUUUGUCGACAACCUCGUUGACUCAUCGACGCAAAUUGUCGAAGCCAUUUGGCCGUUAUCAUCCAUUCCCUGCCGAGCAGAACUAGGCCACAAAGCGGUGUUACCUCUGCGCACCUUCAUUCAGGAAACGCUGCGCCGCUCUCGUACAAGCUAUUCUACUCUGCAGGUUGCCUUAUAUUAUCUCGUACUUAUCAAGUCUCAUGUGCCUAAGCACGACUUUACCAUGGAGCAACCCAAUGACAUUCACGCGAUCCGCGCCUUACAAUGCGGUCGCCGCAUGUUUCUGUCUGCGCUCAUCCUCGCAUCAAAAUACCUUCAGGAUCGCAACUACUCGGCACGAGCGUGGAGCAAAAUAUCUGGUCUUGCUACUCAGGAGAUAAACCAGAAUGAAAUGGCUUUCCUCUUGGCUGUUAACUGGAAACUGCAUAUCACAGAUGAUGUUUUCCAACGUUGGACGGACAUCGUCUUGAAAUACACUCCCUCGCAACCUCCUUCUCCUGGUACUGGCUGUUCUUUGGUUAUCGAGCGCGAAAUCCAGGAUUGGAAGAAUCUCAUACUGAAGCUUACUCCCGAACUGGAUAAUGUUGCGGGUAUAAUGUCAGCUUGCCCGUCAAAGAUCGCCGCCGGCGAAUUUACUGCUGUGUCACCUCGUUCGCUGCUUUCAGCUUCGCACGAGCGUAGCUGUGCUCUAGGACUCGGAUAUGAAUCAAACGAUUCCACACCCACGCCCAGAAGCUACACCACACCCACGAUUAUGGAGCCGUCCCCCGCCACUGUAUAUACACCCGGCCGGUUGGCUCCUGCUCUUGGGCUUCUACCUACACCCCGUCUUACGCCGCAGUCGGCGGGACUCGGCACUCCUGCUGCGAGUGCCGCUCCCUGCCUUCUUGGUGGGAAGGGUUCGAUGGGCCUUGCCAUGGCGCAAGCUUCGCAAGUGAACGCUGCCCAGAACGUGGACCGGUGGCCUGGCAUGCUAACCACCUCGCCUUUGAGCUACUGUCAGCCUGUCCGUCGAUCUUCCCUUGCCAAUUCUGUUUCUACAGCAUCUUCACCAGAGUCGAUGGUCUCGGAUACUUCCCGCACAUCACGCUCUUCCUCAAUCUCCUCUGCUUCGUCGCUGGUCAGCGCGCCGUCAACCAAAUUGGAUGUACAGGCGCGAUGCCGCUACGCGAAGCAGUGCAGUGAGAGAUAUAGCAUGAGACCUGCCGUUGCCUCGGUUCCUGAAGAUUAUGAGGAGAAUUGCAUCACUGCCUCCCCCGAGUCUUACACCGGUCCCGUGGGCAAAGAUCUGAUGGAGAUGUCACUGGGAACGCCUCUGGCCCGAGGAGGUUGUGAUAAUGACGAUGCCGCUGAGGCUGCCCGUACUUUGCAAGAGCUGCAAAACUGCCACUACUCUGCUCAAGUGACGAGCAGGAGUGGUACCAAGAGAAGCCGAACUGUUUCCGUCGAUAACUCUCUGCAGGAACAUGUGCGUGAUUUGCUCUGCAGUCAGCAUAAGCGCAUGUGCUAUUCGUCAGAUGCCUCUGUGUCAUCUACAAUCCCAUCAGCGCAUUCAAUUGCAGGUGGUGUUGGUGCGCCCGGUAUGUGGAGUGGCAUUCUUCAUUGA